AAUGAAAAGAAAACCGCAUAUCUUGUUGGUUUUCUUUCGAAUUUGGCGCGCUUGGAUUUCUCCGAUGGCCACUCUUGGUGGUUUCAGAUCUUAUGUUUGCUUCUUUGUUCUUAUUUUUCAGGUGCUCUCCGCCGCCGCUGCAGGCUCAUUCUGGAGUGUGAAGUAUCUGCCAGGAUUUUCAGGGCCUCCUCCGUUUGAACUCGAAACUGGAUAUGUCGGUGUGGGGGAUUUGGAGGAAGUUCAGGUGUUCUAUUACUUUGUGAAGUCCCAAGGAAAUCCCCAAACCGAUCCUCUAAUGACAUGGCUCAUCGGAGGUCCCGGUUGCUCUGCUCUCUCUGGAUUCGCCGUGGAAAUCGGUCCAGUAAAUUUCAAGAUAGAGCCAUACAAUGGAAGCACACCUCAACUGAUCUUGAAUCCCCAUUCAUGGACCAAGAAAGCCAGUAUAUUAUUUAUAGAUAUGCCUGUGGGCACUGGAUUUUCAUAUGCUCGAACUCCACAAGGCUUGAAGAAAGGAGAUCUAGUACAAGUUCAACAAAAUCAUCAAUUUUUGCGAAAGUGGCUGACUGAUCACCCAGAGUUCAUUCCUAAUCCAUUUUACGUCGGUGGGGACUCGUAUUCUGGUAUCAUUAUUCCACCUCUUACUCAAGCAAUUUCAGAAGGAAAUAAACAUCUCUUCCCAGCUAUAAACCUUCAGGGAUACAUAGAAGGAAAUCCUUUUAGUGUACGUAGAACAGUUAAUAAUUAUAGGGUUCAUUAUGCUCAUAAGAUGUCCUUCAUCUCUGAUGAACUAUAUGAGUCAUUGAAAACUAGUUGCAAAGGAGAAUUUGAGCGUAUCGAUCCAACUAAUUUGGAGUGCAUCAAACAUGUUUCUACGUAUAAAAAGGUUUGUUUACUUAAAACUCGUAUUCGAACCUCCAAGUACUCGAUCCCAAAAUUGAUACAUUCCUUUUGUCUUUGUUCUUCGUUCCAGUGUGUGAGUAGAAUCAGUUUAGCAUGUAUUAUGUGUCCUUAUUGUACCGAUGCUUCUCGAGUGCCAGAAAAUACGUUUGGUGGGCAGAGAUCCCUCUAUGAUACAUCCCAAAAUCUGUUUCUGGCUCCUAGAGUGUUACCUCCUCUUUCUCUUGACUGUGAUGAGUAUAAAUACUACCUUAGUUAUUAUUGGGCCAACGACGAUCAAGUUCGGAAAGCACUUCAUAUACGCAAGGGAACGGUUGGAGAAUGGUUUAGAUGCGAAAGUAAAAAAGAUUAUCAAUUUGAUAUUACGAAUGUUCUUCCUUAUCACGUGAAUCUUAGCUCCAAAGAUUAUCGAUCUUUGAUUUUUAGUGGGGAUCAUGAUAUGAUGGUGCCGAUUCUAGACACUGAAGCAUGGAUCAAGUCUCUAAAUUAUUCCAUUGUCGAUGAGUGGAGACCUUGGUUUGACGAUGAAGAUCAAGUACUUGGGUACACGAGAACUUUUGCAAACAACAUGACAUUUGCCACGAUAAAAGGUGGAGGGCACACACCACAAACAAUGCAAUACCAAACUAGCAUAAUGUUUAAUAGAUGGAUAGCCCGAAAAUCCUUGUAAAAAAUUUUAGAAGACGAUAUGAUCCGUUCAAACAUUAGCAAGUUCUUUGAAUCUGUUUAUAUUGAUGAAAUCUCGUUUAAGUAUCACUAAUAGAAAACAUGGUUUUCGUGGUAGAUAAUGAAGUCAAUAAUCAAGUCGAUUUCAAUGUA